CUGGUAGUCAAAAUGGCGGCUGUAUUCAGGAGAUGUGUGUCCUGCCUGAACUUAGGAAAACCUUUAGUUUUAAGGAAGAGUGGAAAUUUACCGAGUUUUUCAGGUUCUAACAAAGGUAAGAUAUUUUUUUCAGCAUCAUGAAUUAAAAACAUUUUAUUUCGUCAUCGAGUGUCAAAUGAUCGCACACAUUUUCAAGGUUUUUCUAACCCCUUCGAAUUUCAGUCACUUUACACAAAGUUGUUGAAUUGGUCAGCUCUCCGUAUAGAUUUUGCGAUUAACCUUUUUUGAGCAAAGGAGGGAUUUGUCUCAAAAUCCAUGAAUCCACCAAACUUUUUAUCUCACAAGCUGUGCCCAUUUAUCUUUUAUUAUCAUCUGUGAUAAAAGAUUCCUUUUCAGGGAGGUUUUGAUUGUAUUGAUCUUACAUCUUAGCAUCCACAUUGGAAACGUGUUCAGAUCACAAAUCUCGACUGAAACUCAAAGAGUGCACCUUGAUCAUUUCAGUAAUCAGGGUGGAAAUUUCUCCAAGACAAAGAGUAUAAUUUUUGAUGAAGGUACUAAAAAUGAGGCAUUCUUACAGAUUCGCUGAUGGUGAAAGGAUUUAUUUCAGCUCUGAUGAUACAAGGCCAAAAGCGUACUUAUGCAAGCGGAAAUUCAGGUACAGCGUUCUAACAUUGAAGAAUGUACAUGUAAUCUAGCCAGGGAUGACAAUUGCCAGAAAUCUGAAAAUGUGCAGAUUUUGAUGAAGUCCCCAGCCAUCUUCCCUUCUCAGUCUCAAAGAGUAUUAUUUAUGUGUCUUGCUGCACAGGCAAUACAAAAAAUAUAUAUUUCUCUUGCCAGGGCAUGAUAUUGCAUUAAGCUUAUAACUUUACAUUGCAUGGUUAUUUCUCCAGUCUGAAAAGGAUGUGAUGUAACUUAAAACAACAUCUCCAUCAUUGUGAGAAAAAAUAAUGUAACAUGUGUUUAGUACUUUUACAAGGUCUUAAGUCAAUUGAUUUAUUGAAAUGACAAAGCACUUUACUGUACUGUUGUAAUCUAAAACUGAUGACUAUUUCGAAAUCAUUUUAGAGUAUGAUUUGUUGUGGGAGGCUGUAACUAGUGGUAGAGGAACAGGGAGACGGAAGAAGACAAAUAUUGUCAAAGGAAUCGAUCCAAAACUACUCAAGUAUGGUAAGCUUAACAACAUCUAAGAUAUUCCUUUUGGUGAUAAAUGUAUCUUAAUUUGAGACGGGGACACCGUUGAAGUAUGGAUAAGGACCGGGAGGCAGGGAAGCUUUGCUUUUACUCCAGGAUUCAUCAUGCAGGGUUGUUGCUAAGUGCCAGCUGCCACCAAGAUUAGCUGAGUGUGAAAUAUCAGGCUGAAUUUGUGGAUGUCAUUAUUGCUCAAUAAAGCACAACUGACAUUUCUGAAGUUUGAUAUGAAACACUGUUAUGCAAUUGAAAAUAUUUAAAUAUAUAAAACUAUAUGACCAAGUUCAGUGUUAAUGACACUACUGACUGUAAAGUGAUAGAAAAGACAUUUUAUUUGGAGCUCUUGUUUCUUGUGACUUCUUUCUGCUUCUAGCAUUCACAAUUUUGUAAUCAGGAAGCUCAGUAGCUUGGCAUUUAAAGCACUGCAUUAACUACUGUGAGUUGCACCAAGAGCUCUCAUUUUGAGGCACUAUUUGACCCCCCUUGCUUGAAAUUACAGCCAGCAGCGUAAUUUCUUAGCAACAAUCUUGUUCACAUCUCCCUGAUAUGCUGGAAUCUGUUUGUUUUAAAAUAAUUAAUAAAAGUCAAAUUCUUUAGUGUUCAAAAUUGCUGAAAAAAAGAGGCUAGAAGAUUUAUUUUCAGAUCAAAAUGUCAAGAUUUGUCAUAGUGCAGGUGUUUUUCUAAGGCCAGGUUCUUCACUUUCCCUACUUGCAAUUGUCUCAAGUGAGAGACCCUUUUCCUCCUAUAUCCCCUACUAAGCAGGAUUUUGUCAUCAAAUUUCUUCCAUUGUUAGAAGUUAGAAUAAUAAAAUCUAUCAGAAUCUGUCUUUUGCACAUAUAUAUUUCAAUGACUCUAGGGGUUACUAUAAAGGUCUCAUUUAAAAUAGAUUACCUGAAGUAAGUGGAUUUUGGAAAGCUUAUAUUUGGAUUGUCUAGUACAGAACAAAGUUCUAACCAUUAUCUGUAGAUCACUAGAAUUGUACAUCUCCUAAAAAAGUAUUACAGGAAUGACAAAAGUAAAUUAAUAAUAUCUCCAAUGAUUAGACAAGGCUGGCCUCAAGUGGAAAGGGUAUAAUGUUCCUAUAAAUGAUGAGGUGGAACUGGACAGAGAUGAAGAAGGAAUUAUAGUGAAACCAAAGAAGACUGGUGACAGAGGUUGGGCUGGAAAGGGCUGGCCAGGGAGAAAAUGUGGAAACCCCUUUACUGCUGAUGGAAGUGAGUUUGUGAAUGACAUUUCUAGAAAUAAUAGUACUUCAAAUAUUGCUCUCCACAGUUUUAGAGCUUUUAGUAUUUAACCCUUUGAUCUGUAAGAGUGACUAGCAUCUACAGCUGUGAUUUCUCCCUAAAAUAUCACCUUGGAAUCACCCAUUAAGGACAGGAGGGGAAUGAUCAGAAGAUAGAAGUUCUUGGUUGUAAAACAAGUUCUCCUCAUCACCACGUAAUAAAAUGUACAUGGGAGAUAGUAUGGAGAAUGUACAUGUCCAUGUUAGGGUUAAAAGGGUUAAUUUGCAAUCAACCUUGUUGUAAUGAAGUGAUGUAAUUUUGUUGUUCCUGGCACUUCACAACAACAGCAUACUAUUUUUUUGGUGUGUGUAAUUCAGCAGACAAGGUAUCGAUUAAUCACUCUUUUGUUCAUUUGAAAUUUGUUUCCAGGGGAAUUGUCAGACUUCUCAACUGUAUGCAUUGAGGUAUUGUUUAUUUGUUUUCAGACAUACUGUAAAUUAUAUGUCACCCAAAUUAUAAAUUCCAACCUCUGAAGGAACAAAAAUAAAAAAACUUCAAGCUUCUUUCCUGAAACAUGAGAGAGAUAAGGGAAAAUAAAUCAUUAUCAAGCCUAAUUUUUAUGUGGUGGAUCUUGAUUAGAGACAGAAUUAAGGGCACAUAUAAAUAAAAUGAUUAAUGUAAAUUGUAGCAAUUAUAACCUGUCCUGCCUAGUGAGUGCACAAUUCCAUAGAAAAUCAUUAUGAAAACUGACAGAGCUGGACAGGUCACAUGUAUCAUGUUAGUUGGUCUGGAAGAAUUACAGGAUGGCUUUAAACAGACUCCUUUUCGUGCUUCAACUAAGGAGGCAACAAAGGUAACGCGGGCAAUGUUUUCUCACAAGAAUGGCUUGUUAUUGGAAGGAGAUGAGCAGUUAAACAUAAGCAAGGAUUUCUUUAGUUCCAAGGAAUUUUUUUUCUUGUUAUUUUUAAUCAAACUUAGGGCUCUGUAACUGAAGAAAAGCAGUGACCUCAGCAAGUACAAACUAUGUAGGCAAUAUCAAAGCUUAGAAAUUGAAAAUACUGAAAAGAAUUAUCUAUCAGAAACAUACAUUUACUUGAAAUUAAUAUUUUAGUUGCGGAGAGUGAGCAACACAACAUCUAAUGGAAGGAAGAAAAGUCUGCGUGCCUUGGUAGUCGCUGGGAACAAAAAUGGGCUAGCAGGUACAUCGCGUAUUUUAUACAGAAGAUACAGUAUGGAAUAUGAACCCACUCUCAAUUUUUCUGAGUCAUUUUUAAAAAAUCCGGCCAGGUUUUUUUUUUCUUUUUUUUUUCUUACCAUUUCUGGUUUAUCUCUUGAUUCCUGCCCAGAGAGUGACGAGGAUCUAAUUUUCUCCUUACAAUGUCGCCCCUGAAUCACUCUUGUAGGUCGCAUGAGUAAAGGAAAUAAUCACCAAGUAAAGAAUCUCUUAAAUGUUAAACAAAUUCUCCUUGUCAGCACCUUAGGAAAAUGCAUGGAGAACAUUAUGGAGAAUUUGCAUACUAAUCUUGUGGUGUAAAGGGUUAAACCAUCCUCCAUACAAAAAAAAAAAAAAAAAUUUUUUUCAGUCAAGUUGCAUUGUGAGAGGUACAUGUGGAUUGAGAGAGAAAUUGACAUCAAUAUACUAACUUGUGCAUUGUGCACGUCCAGCUAUUUGCAUACUAAAGAACCUCGGUUUAAAUGGUGAGGUUACUUUCUCCAUCAAUCAAAUUCUACUCUUGCCACUAGAACGUGAUGAAAAAACGGAAUUUUUUUUAGGAGAUGAGAGUUAAAAAUUGGUUGUCGAUUUUGGUCUAAAAGCAUCAGAACGGAGGGAGAGUGCGAGAUAAUAAUAACAAUGUACUUAUAUACAGUUGCUCAAGGGGCAACACUCUUGUGAACACUCUAGAGCUUUCUGGAAAGAAAUCUCUAGUUGGUUACAUGAAUGCGGUAUUGAAACGCUUCCUAAUCUAACAGAUCAAAUUAAUAUUAUGUUUGGCUUAUUUGAUGUCGAUAAUCACUUUAUGCUUUUAAAUCACAUCAUGUUAAUAGCGAAGCAGACCAUCUUUCUCUGCAGACAGAAAUCUAUUUCCCCAAGCUUUAUUAGCUUCCUCGCGCACCUUAAAAAAAUUUUUAGAAUAAGAGAAUACCUAGCUAAAGAAAAGAAAAAACUAAACCUGCACUUAAUGAAAUGGGAAAAACUUUUACAAUCACUCAGUUGAAAUAACUUUACCUUGGGUAGCCUUGUAUUAAUAUUUUUGUUUAUUUAUUUAUUUAUUGACCUUAUACAAUUUUAUUUACUUUAUACUGCUGUAAUUUUUUUUUUUUAAAUGUAAAACGGAAAAACACAAUAAAAAAUAUAAAAAAAUAUAUAUACAGUUGCGGCGCAGUCUCCAUAUGAAUGGCCAGACUGCUUGAAGAAUUGUAUCAGGCUAUUAAACUAGCAAAUACCAAAACUUACAAUACAUUUAGCGCUUUGAUCACCCGACGCCCAGUACAAGUGUUAGUAAAAGGUGAAAUUUUUAUUGUAAUCUUUGCAGGUUUUGGUGUUGGGAGAGGAAAAGGUGCCCUGAGUGCAAUAACUGAGGUAUGUAAGGAAGGCAUUCAUGCUUCAGAUAUCCUCACCCGUGCCCUACUGUGGACGCUUUAUUAAAACCUACCUUCGUGAGGUUGAGAGUUUUGUUAAACUCUUCCCGUCUCCAUUAAGAGAUUUUCCAAUUUAAGGCAAAAACACAGUGUUAUAUAAUAAAUGUUUUGAUGUGAUAUUAUAAGUGUUAUACAGUACAGGUAUAGGUGUGUCAAUCGUUGUGGCAAGAAAACCCUUUCAGUUUUGCGUAGAUAACCUUUCAGUGUAAAAUAUGAGUUUCUAUAGAAACUGUGGUGCUGCGUCGGUGGAAGAGCAUAACAGGGUAAAUUAGCCACCGCAAAGCUGACGUUUCGAGCGUUAGCCCUUGGUCUUCGCUCUCGCCAUCUUUGGUCAUUUUUUUUUUUUUUUUUUUUUUUUUACUUAAAACUUCUUAAUUGAAUGUAUGGCAAGAAAAAGAAAUAAUAAAAUGUAAAAAGCAAUUGACUAGUUUCCACAGAGCAUAGAGACCAAGCACUAUCUGUCCAGAUUAGGGCCGAUGAAAAAAUAGACAACAACAACAACAGCGAGGAAAGGACACUGAUUAUGAAAAAAAAUUAAUUUGCGGUACUUUUGAGUUUUGCAUAAACUGACAUUGUGUUAAUUUCGUCCUUGUUCUUUUACCAGGCAAAGAACAGAGCUGUGAACUAUCUUUACCAUUUUGAACGCUGCGACAACCACACAAGUAAGUUUUCACCUCCAUCGAAACCCUAAAAAGUUCCGACGUAAAUGUAUCUUUGAUUGGUCACCUUUUUAAACAGAUUUUGCGCAACAAAUUGAGGAUACCUCAAGAUAUAAAAGAUACUGAUUGCGUUCCACUCAAACAUUUGCAAAUGGAGCCGUCCAGUUGGGGGACACUUCUCACAAGCAGACAUAGCUUUCGAGCAGGCCCUAUUUAUUAGCUGCAGGGCGCACGGGUUUCUCUGCGCGCGGGAAGAUGUCAGACGAGUCGAGGAGAGGUUUGUCGGGAGAUUUAUCACGACUAGAUCCCUUCCAGACUUCUCGCCGGCUAGUGCUCAAGGCUUACACUUUCACACUUGCGAAGAAACGUCUGUGCCGAAGUGCAUAUAAUGAGGACCUGCACGGAAGCUAAAGCAGACACGAUGUUUUGUUCCCAGCACCCUGGAAAGACAAACAACAACAACAACAACAAUGGAUUAAUAAUUAUAUCGUCCUGACUGUGGUGUGCUGUAAUUUAACGUUUUCCUUUGACCUUCGUUGCAGUUUUUCAUGACAUGGAAACGAAGUAUCACUGCACAAAAAUAAACUUUUUCAGAAAGCCACGAGGUAUCGUACAACUUAGUUUGAAAACCUAAAUAUUUUACUACUUAAGAUCUUGGUGCUCUUUUCUCUAACGUUGCUUUGUAUUUCCGAAGAUCUGAGCCAUAACAUAAUAUUGUAUCAGAGUACAGUGUGCGCGUAUGCCUUUUUGAUUCUCCUAUUCGGUUAAAUUUCUUUUUUGACGGACAUAGUGAAAAGUAGAGAGAGCAGGUUGGCUGGUUGGUUUGGGGGUAAGGGAUUUAUUACUUUAGAUUGUUAAAAAUUGCUAACCAGAAUGCCCUCCAAAAUGCACAAAAUGGCAUUUGAGCGUCUCUAGAUUAACGAGGUUACCUAUUCUUGUUUGUUUGCGCUUUAUUUUUUUUUUGGUUUUUGUUUAUUGUUCGCCUUUGUUUUGUGCUCAUGAGAAAUGAAAUUAAACGCACAUCUGCUUUUAAUGGCAAUAGUGGCCCAGCGUCUUUCAAAUAUUUCUCAUCGCCAACAAGCUUUCGCACUUAGAGGGAUGAUGUUAAUUCAAUUUGUAUGUCUCUCCCAGGCUUUGGACUUCGCUGCCAUCGAGCGAUAAAAGAGAUCGCAAUACUCAUCGGAAUUGAAGACAUGCGCUGUAAAGUGUACGGUGAGACGAACCCCAUCAGCCUCGUUCGCGCGGUGUUCCAGGGACUGCUUAGUCAGGUAAAUUUUUAUCGGCGCGCAAGCCGUCGAGAAUGAAAGGAACUUAGAGGGACCAUCUAGUUGGAAAGUUCAGUUUUUGAAUGGCAUUCACGUGCUCAGCGGCAAUGACCCUGGUGCAUUAGUGCUGGUAGGACAUUAUUUUUAAAACAGUUUAAAGUGAUCGUAAAUUAUUUUUCUCAUUGACCAAAUGCAACGCAGGCUGGGGUUGGCCGUUGGUAAAGGUCUAUAUCCUGUGCCAGGGCUUAGAGAGUGCGCGAAAAACCGCGAGAGUCAGGCAACGAAAAAUUAACAAAUAAAUAAUACUCAACUAGGGAUCGACCGAAACAUCAUCAAGGCGCUCGCUGACGGCUACCCGGUCUAACUUUUAUUUAGAUUUUUUAAAAUUAUCAUUAUUAUCAAUUACCGUAAUGAUUAUCAUCAUUUUUAUCAUAAUGAUAUUUUGACGUUAUCUCUGAUCCAUAACUGAACGUACUCGCGACAAGACUGAUUCUAUUAGAUUAAUCUAUGUACAAUAUCGUUGCAGGAGACGCAUCAGCAGCUUGCAGAUCGCACAGGCUUUAAUGUAGUGGAGUUCAGAGCUGAGUGUGGAAAUAGGCCCAUGAUUGUGGCCUCACCAAGUGACGAGGCCCGAAACAAGGCUCUCAAAAAGAGAUCUGAAAAAGCGGAGUACAACUUUAACGAGGUCUUCGAUCCUUACAGAGGACUCCAUCGACCUAAGAAAGUGGUUGACUUGUUUUAGUCUUCUACAUUUGGAAUGAUUCAGAACCAGUAAUGCGUGUGUUCGGUGUACAGGGAACCCUUCGAUUUUUGACUGACGAGAAUUCCCUCGAUUCAGGAGAAAAGAGCGUUGUAUCCACUCUUACUGUGAGACUGAGAGAAAAUUAUUCUCAACAAAUUUUUACUGACAUAGAAACGAUACAGGGGGUUGUCGAUUUAGGAGUGUAGGGAGAGAGCUAAGGAAGAUGCUGGGGAUAGGGGUUUCUUCGGGUUGUGGAGCAUGUUAAGCAAAUUGUCAAAUCAAGAGGUCUUAGUUUGACUCUCGUUCUCCACUAAAGCCUCUUGAUUUGACUGUGCCUUUGUUUGACUCCCAACCUCUCCCCCUCUUUCGAGCCCCGUCGACUCUGUUAUCGUGUCCUUAAUUUUCUUUUCCCUUAUCUUAAUCAAAUAACUUUAGCUGAUGAGGUUAGUUUCCCUCUAAUAAAACAGGUC